GCUGGUUGUCGUGUAUGCUGCCAAGCUUUAUAUGUUAUCUCGAAAUACGGGCAGGAGAAGUAAUUUAUCUUUUAAACCAUCUCUGGGGGGCUAAAUGGACAGUAAAUCUCUUGUUCUUUCUAAUAUAUAUAAAUCUCGGGAUUUCACUCUUUCCAGAAGACCGUCUUUGGAUACUAAAAGCUGUAUUGAGUUCUUUCCUGAACGUCCAGUGGAGAAUUUUCAAGAAACAAGUGCAAUGCCAGAGAAAAACCUAGAUCCAAGGAUAAGAGUGUACUUAGAAAAGUUAAAUGCUGCUUCUGACCGGGUUAAUGACAUUGAAUCAAUGUUAGAAUCAUUAAGAGGACGCCAUCGCCAACUUAUUCAAGAGGGAAUCAAAAAGCUUAAAGCAACUCUUAGUAGAGAUGGGAUGAGAGCAACCUUAAAAAAAGCAGAUCCCUAUUAUUUAACGGUUAAAGAAAGAGAUAAAGUUUCUAGUGAGGUGGGACUUUUAGCCCAGCAAUACAAAAAAGCUUCCGAUGCGCUACUGAAGGCUCAGACGGAAAGUUGGUCCUAUGAAAAGUCGCUUUACUCCGAAAAGAGUCUGGGCGCUUCAGUUAAAGUAGAUCCAGAAAAACAAGAGCAACUGAAUAAUUUGAAUUUAAAAGUGGAAGAAUGUCAAGAAAAUAAACUAAAAGCGGAAAGGGCUUAUAAGAAUGGUCUGGCUAAAGUAGAAUCCUUAAGGUUGAAAGAAGACUACCACUUAGCCAACUUAGGACCCUGCAUUAAUAAGGCAAAUAAGUAUUUAAAACUGAAAAAGGAAUUGGAGACCGAAGUUGAUAAAGUGCAGCUGGAAGUUUCGAAGCUAACAGCGGAAGGCUCGAUUGCGAGAAAGGAAGUGGCGGAGUGUCUAAAGGCGCUUUCCGAUUUAAGUCUCGAACUAAAGAAGGAGGACGGCAAAAGACGAGGAUAUUUGAAUGCCAAUCCUCACCAGCUUAGAAGAUCUCGAAGUGAUGACAGAGACUGGAGCCCGCAAAUUUUUGACAUACCUCCAGAAAUUUCUGACGAUCUUAAAAAAGACGCUUCAGUUUCGGUGUCUUACAAUAAUUUAAUCCAGUCAUCUUUAGAAUCUUUUCCCACAAGCGAAUGAUGUUUCAAACGAAACUAAAGCUUAUCAGCUGGUGAAGGGGCUAGGUUUAGAUUAAAAUAGAAAAAAUUUCAUCCAUCUCGUCCAACGCUUUCC